AUGUCGUCUGAUGGCCUUCAGCCGGCCCUGAAUUAUGGCAUGCGGCAAUGCGCCCGCUACAUAACAAAGCACGCAGACGACGGUACUUCCGUCUUUGGAGACUCGCCCGAUCUGCUGUAUCGAGACCGAGGCGGCUAUGCCAUUACGCGGAACUACGCAGCAACCUCAGUGCCGAUGCAUAUAGAAAAUGAGACGGACUGUCAAGCAUAUCUUUCUUCCGACAGGUCCCAAGAGGCAUCCCACGUUCACGCAGGACAGCGAGUGACAGUCUCGAAUGGCCUGAAUUUUCUGACGGUGGACUUGGGCCCCGGCGCUCAGACUCCCAUGCACAGGACUGUUUCUGUGGAUUUUGUAACAGUCAUCGAGGGUCGUGUCGAGUUGCUCCUCGACUCCGGCGAGUCUCAGGUGCUCGAAAGCGGAGACGCAAUCAUCCAGCGGGCGACCAUGCAUCGAUGGAAGAACCCGUCCAGCGACAAGCCGGCGAGAUUCGUUGCUGUGGUCGUCGACAUACGCGCCCACGAAGUCAAUGGUAAACUCUUGGAACAGGAAUACCUGCGCUCCUGA